AUGAAGUGAGGAGCUGUUUAUAGGGUGAGGCAUUCACUAGCAGGGGCCGAUGGGUCCUGCCAUCAGAGCGCCACCGUCCUGUGUGUGCGAGGGCAGCGGUGGGCGUGAGUGGGAGACUGAAUCAAAGACCAGCAGUAUUCCCCCCUGGUCACCAUCCAGAGAUUUCAAUGAGGAUAGUAGCCUCGCUCCACCCAGGAACAUGAAGGGCUUAUCAGGUGGUCGUGCGCCGCACCAGAUUCCCACACUGCCCCCAUGUGGACUGGCGGAGUGCGAGCAUCUCCAUGACCUGCACGGCAUGCAUGUGUCCGAUAUGCGCCACUCCUACCUGCUCAGCCCCACGGAGACCUGCGUCAUGGACUUCCAUCACCGUCUUUCCCCCCGCAGCUCCAUUCACUCCGAUUGCAUGAUCAUGUCACCCAUGGUGCUACCUUCCACUGCCCCUGCCGACCACAUCUCCAGCAGCACCUUUCCCAGAAUGCACUACAGUUCACAGUACUACGACCCAGCUGCUCGGGAAGACUGCGCAGCCAUCACCACCUCAGCCACAUCUGCUGCCGCCGCCGCUGCAACAUCUGCCUCUCACCACGGCAGCAGCAAGAGCAACCGCAUCCCCGCAAACCUGCUGGACCAGUUUGAAAAGCAGCUUCCGCUUCAUCGCGACGGAUUCCAUACACUGCAGUACCAACGCACAUCUGCCGCCACUGGAGGGGAACAACGCAGCGAAAGCCCCGGUCGUAUCCGACACCUGGUGCACUCCGUCCAGAAGCUCUUCACUAAGUCCCACUCACUGGAGGGAUCAUCCAAGAUGAAUGGCACUAAAGGUGACAGUGGAGGUGGGGGAAGUCAUCACCAUCACCAUGGCAAUCAUCACUCAUCCAAGCACGGCAGCAAGCGCAGUAAAAGCAAAGAGCGCAGGCACCGGUCGGGGACGGGGGGCUGGUGGAGCUCGGAUGACAACCUAGACAGUGACAGCACCUACCGCACGGCCAGCGCUUUGAGCCGCCACCAUCAUGAACAUGUCGGUCACAGUUUCCCAGAAUCCAUGCACACUCACUUUGGAGACCACUCGCUCAAAACCUCCAAAAGCAACAAUGACGUCAAGUGUUCGGCCUGCGAAUCCAUGGCACCUGAGGGAAAGUUCAUGAAGAGGAGUUCCUGGUCAACACUUACCGUCAGCCAGGCCAAGGAGGCUUAUCGAAAGUCCUCCCUUAACCUGGAGAAGCCCAUGAUGCAUCAGGACUAUAAACCAUCAUUCCGGUCCACACACUACCUACAGGUGCCUCAGGAUGAGUGGGGGGGUUAUCCAGGGGAGGACGAGAUUCCAUGUCGCCGGAUGCGGAGCAGUAGUUACGUCAAAGCCAUGGGAGAUGAUGAUAGUGGUGAGUCUGAUACCAGCCCCAAGACGUCACCUCAGAAGACUGUGCGGCCCGAUGCCCUUGUUCUCAAAUCAGCCUUGCAGAGGCCACAUAUAGACACCCAAAGCCCGGGCUACCACUUGCAAACAGCGAGAGAUAUGCGCCCUCACCCCAGCGUGUCUCUGGACCCAGCAACCAACUUCAACCCUCCACAGUUUCGCUCCAGAAACCAGAGCUACAUGCGUGCAGUCAGUACCUUCAGUCAGGCAAGCUGUGUCAGCCAGGUGAGUGAGACUGAGGUCAAUGGCCAGUUUGAGUCAGUUUGCGAGUCCGUUUUUAGUGAAGUAGAAUCCCAGGCCGUGGAGGCCUUGGACCUGCCCGGCUCUUUCCGCACUCGAAGCCACAGUUACCUGCGUGCAAUUCAGGCUGGGUAUUCCCAAGAUGACGACUGCUUGCCUUCAAUGACAUCUUCUACUGUCACUUCAACUCUCAGAUCCACAACAGAGGGGUAUGAUGCAAUGGAGGGCACCUCAUUGCUAAAUGAGGAAAUGAUUGAGGACGAUGAUGGCGCCAGCUCCUCAGCUUAUCAAGAAAUCGAGAGGUUUGAAAGAGAAAAUGCUGCACGUAGUCAACACAGUACCAGUUCCACGGUCACGGCUAUCUCUGUCCCUCCAACCUCCUCGCAUGCCUACCGAGUCCCAUGUCCGCCCCCGUCCCAGCCCCCACCAGAUCCUCCCGUCCCGCAGGCUAUUCAGGCUUUCAAGGAGUCGGCAAACAUGGUGGCUGCCUUUAACAUGCAGUGGAAAGAGGAGAUAUCAGCAAUGCGCUACGAGCUAGCGGAGCUACGCAGGGAUGUCUGCGGAGAGCUCAAGACUUUCAACAGCAACUUCUUUAAUUUCACCCAGUGCUAUAACAUGUGGACGAUGUGCCGGGAGGCUGCCACCGGCACCAGUUCCACUCAGUCGAGCGAGAGGGUGUCUGUUGGCGUCCAGACUGGCGCUAACGGUCUGGUGAGACAAAACACUGCAGACGCUUCAGUAAUGUGUCAGCCUGAACCGGCUGCCUUCAAUAUUUUUGACCUGAUGGAGCCUCCACGCAUUGAAAUCACUGAGGGAACUCCUGAAGGAACAACGGCCACCAACAGCCCAACCAGCCCUGCCAGUCCUGUUAGACCCACCACCGGCCCACCAUUGACCAAGCAGCUGGGAAGAUCCAAAUUAGACACUGGCAGGAAGAAGAAGAACUGCAGUCGAGCGGACGGUCAAAGAAGUGCCAGCCUUGAACUCUGGUGCAGAAAGUACACUAGUGGACCAAUGUCCUACUUAUCUCUAUCAUUCUGAUCAUUUUCAUCACUGGACCAAGCAUUGACUUCGUUUUUGAAUCAACCCUACAUACCUGGGGGAAACCCUGCGCCCGGAGAAGAGCUUGUCGCUUUUCUCUUUGCAAAGAUGCCGAUAGGAGAAGGUUCCAUUUUGCGAAACGGGGACAGUGUAGCUAGAUGGAACCAUUUGCUGUGCCGGAUCAUAAAAUCUGUUUACAUCACCACGGAAAUGAUUCAUGAAUGUUAUUUGCAUUGUAGGGAAUGUCGCAAUUUGUCUGACUGUCACUGUCAGUGUUUUGUUCAUGGCUAAAGCAGUUCUUGUGUGACAGUGUUGAAUGAUCUCACCACUCAAUCUGACCAAAAGAGGUUAUGAAUACAGUUAAAGGAUGCAGAUGGACUUUAGAUGGCAGUUUUCAAUUUCUGAAUAUAAUAACAUCUGCGGUUAACAUUAACACUAACCAUUUUGUUCUACAGCAUAAAUUACACACAGUAAUAGCUCUAAUGUGAACUUUGAAACCACUGUGUGCUUGCUAAUAAGUUGUUACUUAAGAACUACUGUAUGCAUGAUGGAACCCACUUUAUAUUAAGUACUACUAUGUACAUUUAAAUUAAUCAAUGCACAAUAGAUUGCACUUAGUGUACAAGUUUUUAUGUUGUACUUUGUAAAAACAUUACCUACAUGUAAUUACAUUAAUUAUACUACCCCUAUCCCUUAACAUAACCAUAUGACUAAACCUGUCCCUAACCUUACCCGUAUUACUCCUCAGCAAAAGUGUUUUGCAACAUGGACACAAGUGCAUUGUACCCACAGAUAUAUCGAAGAGAGUACAUAGUACUUAAAGACACCUAAUUUUAAGCUAUAAAGCAAGACCGCUUGAUAAAUUGGACUGCCAUUUAUAUUCUUAUGUAGCAACAUUUUUUUUUUUAAGUUUCAAACUUCACAUUUGAAUCAUGACUCUUUGUAAUUUAUGCUGUAGAACAACAACAUAUUUGAACUCACUUGACAUCUAAAUUCUCUAUUCUAAAAACCUCGGAAAGCCCAUUAUAUUGGAAUACAAACUGAGCCACUCUAUAGCUGUCACACAAAGCUUUGCUUUUAAUUUCAAAUGAAAAUGAAGAACCAUGUACAGCAGUCAUGUUGAGCUACAACAGAAUGGAACAUUGGAACAUUAGUAUUGUCAGAUUGGCAUUCAGUUACUUUUGAAAAUCUACUUUGUUCUCACUUUCCCAAGAAUGUCACGUAUAGAUGGAUUAGAAGUAACUAAAUUCAAAUGGUACUUUAAUUCAAGCAUAAGCCCUAAACAUAUUUACUGUAACUCUACAUCUGCAGUGUAUAAUUACUAGCCAAUAUACAGUAUAUAUUAAGCAUCUGUGGACUAUUUACAAAGUAGUGCUGAGUGGUAUCUUUUUUUUAUUAAAGUAUUUUAUUAUUAAAAUACUUUAAUUAAGGAUGGAAAGAGAUGCAGUUUAUUUCAUUGAAACUAUACAAAGAUGAGUAUCCCCCUAAAUUUCAGAUUUCUCUAUGGCUGCUUUUUGACUUAUACUCUCAAUCCUAAAUAUAUAGUUACAGCUGUGCAAUGUAUCAGUAGUUACCAACACUAUGUUUAGAAUUUAUAGAAUUGAUAGAUAACGGAGUAAAUUUCGGUAAAAUCAUUUUUGGUGUGCCUUGUAAACUUUAAUUUAUAUUUUUAAAAAUAUGAUUAACCAAUGACCUUUUUCUUUCGAAGUAUGUCUGAUAAAGAUUGGCCACUCUCUUUGAAUCAUGUGGUCAAAAAAAUUAUGUCCCUUCGUAAAUAUGAUGUCAGAAUAUAUACAACAUAAUAUAGACCCACAUACAGUGCUCAGCGUAA